AUAUGCUUAUAUGCAUAUAACGCUUCUGAUAUCUCAAGCAGAAGAUCAGGACUGACUGGGUGUGUCUGUAGUCUGUGAAAUCGAGUCAUUUCUCUGGAGCAGCAGUUGUGUAGAGUCAUGCCUUUUUGUGGCUUCAUCUCUCCAGUCCAUGCAUAGGAUUUAGCUUAUAUUUGUGGUAAUUGGAAUUUUUGGAUUUAAUUAUUUUGGCAACUUCUUCACAGAAUUCCCGACCCAACCAUGGGGCAUCAGAAUGAAUGGAAUAACACGAAUAACUGCACCAUCAGUGAAUUCAAGAACACCGUCUACCCAAUUGUCUAUCUGUUCAUCUUUUCCCUUGGGCUUGUUGGCAACCUCAUGUCCCUGUUCUUCUUCAUUUCCUCUGCAUUGAGAAGAAAGGCAUCUUUUUCUCCAGUCAACAUCCUCAUGCUCAAUCUCCUUAUAUCUGAUCUGAUGAUGGUGUGCUCUUUGCCCUUCCGAGCCGCUUACUAUCUCAUGGAUUCCAACUGGGUCUUCGGAGACAUCACCUGUCGGAUCAUGUCCUACGUCUUCUAUAUCAACAUGUAUGGCAGUGUCUACUUCCUCGCGGUUCUGAGCAUGGUUCGCUUCGUGGCCAUCGUGAAGCCAUUCGCAUACGUGCGCUGGCAAAAUUCUCGGAGAGCCUGGGCGAUAAGUAUCGUCAUCUGGCUGAUCGUAUCCCUGAUGUCCAUCCCGCUUCUGGGAGCCGGAAUUCAGGUAGAAUCUGAACGGAUCAAAUGCCUGGAACUGAACCCGUCCAAUUUGAAGAUCAUUAUCGUGUUGAAUCGAGGCGUCUUGUUUUUAGGCUUCAUUAUGCCCUUCGCGGUCAUUUCGGUCUGUUACAUUUUUGCAGCCUUCUAUUUGCUUAAGCUCAAGAAGACCAGGCAGAAUAAAAGAUCUCAGUUGAAUCACAAGAAGUCCUGUUCUCUCGUGAUCAUAGUUCUGCUGAUUUUCCUCACAUGCUUUAUGCCGUAUCACGUCGUCCGAACUCUGUUUUUGGAGGCGGAGAUGAACAUUAGAAACAAAGGUUACGGAGAGUCCUGCCAUUAUAUUCAAAGCCUGAGAAAGGCUGCGGUCAUCACACACUGUCUGGCUUCCGGAAACAGUUGCCUGGAUCCGCUGCUUUUCUUUUUCGUAGGGGAAAACUUUAUUAGCUUUUGGCGACAGCAUACACCCAGAAGACAGAGUUGUAUAAUUGAACAGAAUGUGAAAGUGUCGGAGAAGAUAAACAGUGACAUAGAGCGACGAUUCAGACGGAUAUAGAGUGCUUGGAACCUGUCGGGACUUGAUAGGGAAUUUCUUGGAAAACAACGACAUCUGUGGUCCCAUGCUGGAAGAACUCAAUUAACCUCCAGAAAGCCACAAUAUCCAUGUUUCCAUGAACUGAACUACUGUGAAUAUUGCAUAAAACAUUACAAUAGCGAAUAAAGCAGUGUUUGUGUUCAAAAGAACAAAAUAGGUAAUUCACCAAAUCCUUCUGAGGACAGACUUCGGCUCUGUAAUUUCAGAAUGACUAAAACAACAUAUUAGAUGGUGUGCAAUAUGAAUGGUCUGCUGGCUAGUUGAAUGCAAAUCACAUGAUCUCUGGAGGAAUGUUGUACAUGCACUCUAAAAAAUGCUGGGUUAAAAACAACCCAAGUUGGGUUGAAAAUGGACAAACCCAGCAAUUGGGUUGU